CACAAUGUGCUUUGUGACCUGAAAAUCUUGGAGGGCUCAAGAUGUUAUCGAUAGGACGUAGGAUAUACUCUAAUAUUACUCAAUAUUCAGCACGUUCCGGGGGAUUUGGGCCGCUUACUCUGGCGCCAUGUACAGUGUCCAUCACUUCAAAGUGCCAGAAGUCUACAGGUGACGCUGCCGAUGAACAGUCCCAGCCCAUCAAGUUCUCCACGAGCAAAGCCAGCCACCACACCUGGAAAGUAGCAAGCUCGAUGGGCAGUGCCCACCAGCAGCCCUGGUGGAGAGUUUUGCCGUUUAGUAUACUCUCCAUCUCCUUGCUUCUCUGGUGUGCUUUCCGGAAGGACACAGAGAUUGACCAGGCUCUUGCAAAACCACUUCAUGAAUACUUACAUGGGUUGGUGCCACAGAUGGAAGCAGAGCGGGCAGAUGAGGACACGGUGGUAUCCACAAAUGACCCUGAGACUGGCUCAAAAUGACUUGUCACUGCUGCAGUUUAUUACAAUGAUGUCGAGGUUGUCUUGCUGUUGAAGUCCUUUUCAUAACUUACCCUGUCAGUGACAUCUGAACUGACAGCUAGUGCUCAUCUCUAAGCAGGAUGACACCAACUUAGUUAUGUUAACUGUACUGUGAAAUGCUGUAUAUAAUCUGAAAUUGGGUUAAACUCUUGCUGGGUGUGAAGGAGUUACAAGGAUUGUGUGCCAUGAACUAGGCAUGUCCCAUUAAAUGACUUCUGUACAGAAGAGUGGGUAG